ACUUUAAAUGAUAGCUUCAUAGGGCUUAUUGCUUUAAUAAAACUGCAUACUUGUAUAAUAAAAAUAUAAAUAUUAAUAAAAUCAUGAUGUUUAAGCUCAUUCCUGCCAUCAAGACCAGAAGUCAUCUGUAAGAAGAGGAAAAUCGAUAAGACUCUUAAUCAACCACAAGAAUACAAUGCAAACAUGUGUCCUGAAUUCAGCUAUGAUGAUCCUAAUAAAGCCCUGAACACAUUCAGAUCAAAUCUGAGGAAGAAGUUUGAGUGUUUGUAUGAGGUAACAUCAAAUAAGAGAAACCCAACACUACUGAAUGAGAUCUACACAGAGCUCUACAUCACAGAGAGUGAAAGUGGAGAGAUCAGUAAUGAACAUGAGGUGAGACAGAUUGAGACACAAUCCAGAAGAACAACAACAGAGGAGACACCAAUCAAAUGUAAUGACAUCUUUAAACCUUUACCUGAACAAGACAAACACAUCAGAAGUGUGCUGACAAAGGGAGUUGCUGGCAUUGGAAAAACAAUCUCUGUACAGAAGUUCAUUCUGGACUGGGCUGAAGAGAAAGAGAAUCAGGACGUCCACCUCAUAUUUCCACUUCCUUUCAGAGAGAUCAAUUUGAUGAAGAACAAAACACUCAGUCUUUUAGAUCUUCUUCAUCUUUUCUUCCCACAAACAAAAGAAAUGGAAAUCUUCAGUGAUGAAUAUAAAGUGUUGUUCAUCUUUGAUGGUUUGGAUGAGUGUCGUCUGUCUCUGGAUUUUCACAGCAGUGUGAGGUUGUGUGAUGUAAGUGAAUCAACCUCAGUGGACGUGAUGCUGACAAACCUCAUCAAGGGGAAUCUGUUUCCUUCUGCUCUCAUCUGGAUCACCUCCAGACCAGCAGCAGCUGAUCUCAUCCCCUCUGAGUGUGUUGAUCGAGUCACAGAGGUACGAGGAUUCAGUGAUCCACAGAAGGAGGAAUACUUCAGGAAGAGAAUCAGUGAUGAGAGUCUGUCUGAUCAAAUCAUCUCACACCUGAAGUCAUCCAGGAGUCUCUACAUCAUGUGUCACAUCCCAGUCUUCUGCUGGAUUUCAGUCACUGUUCUAGAGAGAAUGUUGAGUGAAGCAGAGAGAAGAGAGAUCCCCAAGACUCUCACUCAAAUGUACACACACUUCCUGAUCAUUCAGACAAACAUCAAACAUCAGAAGGACUAUGAGAAGAAAGAUGAAGACAUGAUCUUCAAACUGGGGAAACUGGCUUUUGAGCAGCUUGUGAAAGGCAAUCUGAUCUUCUAUGAUGAAGACCUGAGAGAGUGUGACAUUGAUGUAGCAGAAGCAUCAGUGUACUCAGGAUUGUGUACUCAGAUCUUCAGAGAGGAGUUUGGUUUGUAUCAGGGGAAAGUUUACUGCUUUGUUCAUCUCAGCAUCCAGGAACAUCUAGCAGCUCUUUAUGCUCACAUUUCCAUCACAAUCAACAAACAAUAUGUGUUUAAACCAGGUCGGUUUUCUAAAGUUUUGGGCAGAUUAAAACAUAAAUCACCAGAAGAGGAUUCAUUAUCUGAGUUACAUCAUCGAGCUGUAGAUGAAUCUUUAAAGAGUAAGAAUGGACAUCUGGAUCUUUUCCUGCGUUUUCUUCUGGGUCUUUCACUGGAGUCCAAUCAGAUUCUCUUACAGUAUCUACUGACACAGAUGAGAAGAUGCUCCUACAAGAAAGAGAAAACUGUUGAGUACAUUAAAUACAAGUUGAAUAAGAAUCUGUCUACAGAGAAAUCCAUCAAUCUGAUUCACUGUCUGAAUGAACUUGGUGAUGAUUCACUGCUGCAGGAGAUUCAACGUUAUGUGACAUCUAAAUCAGUAGGAAAGACUCUCCUCUUCACAGUGGGCAGCUUUAGUUUUUGUGUUGUUGAUGUCUGAGCAGCAUUUGGAUGAACUUGAUCUAAAUAAAUUUAUUGGAGAUAAAAAUACAGCAGAUGAAGUUCUUGUGAGACUGCAGCCUGUGAUUAAAGAAACCAAAAAACUUGAGUUGAGAUGGUGUAAUAUCACAGAUGAAGGUUGUGUUGCUCUGACUUCAGCUCUGAGAUCAAACCCAUCACACCUGAGAGAACUGGAUCUGUCUUAUAAUAAACUCACAGAUUCAGGAGUGAAGAUGAUCUCUGAUCUAAAAGAUGAUCCACAUUAUAAACUACAGACAGUACGGUGAGUAGAGCUCAUUUAAAUAAAUGUUUAAAGUAAACUCAUGCAGUGUCAUUUAAAUCCUAGAAUAUAAAUAUUAGAAAUAAAUGUAAAUUGAUCUGCUGCUGUUAUAGGCUGUGUAUCCUUUAAACUCAACAAACAGAAAAUAUGAAGUGUACAUGAACAACACUUGAUGCUUUGUCAGAUCAACACAAUAAGAAUUCAAUUCAAUGUCUGAGUCUGUUUACUAACUGUGAUGUUGAGUUUGUUCACUCCAGGAUUUAAUACUGUGAUCUUACUCUUCUUACACAUUAUAUAUGAUGUUUGUUAAUGGGGUUUGUUUGAUAGGCCGACACCUCUAUAGUUAUGCACACUUGACUAGAUGUUCAUCUUAAACUCUUUUUGGUUUUUAUUUCAUGUUUUAAGCAUUAUUUAUCAAAUCAUCAGAAUACAGACAGAAAUAACAACACAAACACAAUAUAUACACAACAGAUCAACACAAAGUACAGAUGAUAAAUG